AUGGCGGCCAGCGAGGCGGCUGACGCUGAGGCCUUAUGUGGUCGGGGUACGGGUGGGCUGACCCUGCUCGGCCUGGCGCCCAGCGCACCCAGCUGCCCGCACGGUCCUGCUCUUCUGUUUGUAAAGACCAGCCAAGGGAAAGAGGAAGGAAGAAGAUUCUACGCUUGUUCAGCUUGUAGGGAUAGAAAAGAUUGUAACUUUUUCCAGUGGGAAGAUGAGAAGGUGUCAGAAACUAGGCUUGCAGCACGUGAAGAAUAUAACAGAACCCAUCAGCCUUCUUGUACCCACAGACAGAAUGUGGAAAGGUACAAGAAUUUCGUUCUGUUACCGUUAGCAAAGAGGAGGUUUUGCCAGGAGUGCCAGCAAUUGCUCUUGCCACCCGAAUGGGACAAACACUCGGAUCACCAGCUCCUUUAUGAUAUCUCCACUGCUCAGUUACAAAGUCCCAGUCAACUUUUAUAUCCACUGGAGAAUAAAAAGACAAAUGCACAGUAUUUAUUUGCAGACAGAAGUUGCCAGUUCCUAUUGGAUCUUAUUAUUGAUUUAGGAUUCAGCCGAGUGCUCUCUGUUGGGACACCCAGGCUUCAUGAAAUGAUCCAGUCAAAAGCAUCAAAAGAAGAAGAUUUCAGGGUUAGAAGCCUUCUGCUAGAUAUUGAUUUCAGGUAUUCACAGUUUUACAAAGAGGAUGAAUUCUGUCACUACAACAUGUUUAAUCAUUAUUUUUUUGCUGGAGAGGCUGGACAUGAAACUUGCAGGAGGUUCUUGCGUCAAGGCAACGGUGAAAAGGUCAUCAUGGUAACUGAUCCCCCGUUUGGAGGUUUAGUGGAAGCACUGGCUUCUAGCUUUAAAAGACUGAUGGCAAUGUGGAAAGACACAGAAAAAGAAGAUCCUAUCAGCCAGGAGAUGCCCAUGUUCUGGAUAUUUCCAUACUUCUUUGAGUCUCGUAUUCUUGAAUUUUUCCCAAGCUUCACUAUGAUGGAUUACCAGGUAGACUACGAUAAUCAUGCACUUUAUAAACAUGGCAAGACAGGUCGUAGACAGUCUCCUGUCCGUAUCUUCACCAACCUCACCCCAAGGAUGAUUGUGCUUCCUGUAGAAGAGGGUUAUAGGUUUUGCUCUAUAUGUCAGCGUUAUGUUAGCUCUGGUAACCAGCACUGUGAGAUAUGCAAUUCGUGUACAUCAAAAGAUGGAAGACGAUGGAAACACUGCUUUCUUUGCAAAAAAUGUGUAAAACCCUCUUGGUUUCACUGUAACAACUGCAACUGCUGUGCUCUUCCAACCCACGCUUGUGAGAAGGCUGCUGCUGGCUGUUUUGUUUGUGGCCAGGCAGGUCACAAACGCAGUACCUGUCCCAGUCUUUCCUGCAGCAGAGCAGCUUGCCAAGCUGACAAAAAGCAAAGACAGAAAAUUACUCAAAAGAGGGUAAAGAUGGGGAUCUCUAAAAGAUCAGCUAUGAAGCAUACCAUAUUCUCAAGGAAGAAAGUAAAGAAUAAGAAAAAAAAGACAUGAUUUGGCUUGCUUAUACAGAAUUAUUAAUUUAUUUUUUAAUGGCCAGGCUUUGAU